AUAGUACCUACAUAUGUGUUGACUAUCGUAAUUUGUUGUAGCAAAAUAAAAAAAUAAUUUUAAGUUAUGAACAUUUUUCUUCCAAUAAAUGAAUUGGUUACAAAUAUUGGUUGUAAAAAUGUCAUAUACAGCUUGACUCUUUAUAAAAAAUUGUGAUAAUACAAGUUGCAUAAUUUUAUGCUUAACUCUUUCGUUUCUUAACUUAAUACUAUGCUCGCUUAACAAAAUAAUAUGAGUGCAAUGGAUUAUUUAACAGUGGAUUCUGCUUCUACAUCCUUGGUUCAGAGCAAAGAUGAAGAGACUGACAAUGAUGAUCUUGAAGUGGACAACUCAAAAAGUGUUUUGCUCAAGAUUGCCACACUUUAUGCUGAACAGUUGAUGAGCGACCUUAUUCUGGAGGUGGCUGGUGUCAGCUAUCCGGCUCAUAGGCUCAUUCUGUGUGCUAGUAGUGAAGUGUUCCAGAUAAUGUUAAUGAAUCGUGAAUGGAGUGAGUGGCGUGAGAGUCGUAUAGUUCUUCAAGAGACUCCAUCAGCGGUGGCGGUGUUCCCGCACUUCCUGAAGUACUUCUACACGGGACAAAUCAAGAUAUCAUACACAUCGGUGUUGCCAGUACUGUCGCUAGCUGAUAAAUAUAAUGUUAAGGACCUUGUGAAUCUGUGCUUGGAGUACAUGUCCCAGCACAUAGCUCAAGCUGCUCGACGUGGCCGCCUUAUAUCCUGGAUGCAGUACACUAUGGCAUGCGGACAUAAUGAGGUGGCUAAGGCGUGUGUCCGCUUCGUGAAAUGGAACGUUGAAUGGGUGGUGGAGGGAGAGCUUGGGGAGCUGGAAGACGACUCACUGCUGCUGUUGAUGGACCAGAGCGACCUGGUGCUGCAUAACGAGAUGGCGCUCUACCAGUUGGUGGUACGCUGGUUGAAUAAGCAGAAGGAGCGUCUCCAGUCUACAGAUGUACCGGAACAAGAUGUCAAGUUGCACUUUGACUCGCUCAUAGUAACUGUUUUCUCACAUGUCAGGUUUCCGAUGAUGUGUCCGAACCAAUUGGCUAAGUUGUUGCUGUGUCCGCUCACUCAAGAACAUAAGGAGUUUUUCAUGGAGAGAAUGGCGAUCGCCAUGAGUUACCAGUCAGGUCAGUACGAGCGUAUAGCUGAAAUCCAGCAGUCCGAGGCUGGUAGGAUGUUGUUCACGCCCCGUCUCUACACUGAGGAUAUCUGGGGUUCCGUACUGGCGGUGGACAACUUCCACUCUCUCCCCUGUUAUCACACCAGGACCUUCAUAUUCUCCACCAGACCCACCAUCGCUGACGUCACGGACAAACUCACCGAGUGGACCGUGGACCUGUACCCUAAGGGCGUCUGGUUUAAGAAGAGCAUGCUCAUUAUGUGGGCGGGCAAUUAUGAUGUACCUGAGGUGGUGCUGCGCACAGUUCGCAUCUCCAUCACGUGUCAGAACGUCCCCGAGCGAGCCUCGCACGAUCCCGACGUGAGGGUCAAGAUAGGUAUACUGGUGUGGGGAGUACAGAACGGCGUGGAGCACGUGGCCUCCGUGGUGGAGAGAGUGCACAGGUUCUCAGCGCAGAACAGGGUACUUAAUAUAGACGGUGCGCUGGACUUCGACGAGCUGAACAGUCCGCUGUACCGACCCGCCGCGCCGACGAACACGCCUAAGGCUGGCGGCCAGCGGUGUCCGAAGUGUUCCGACAACUGUGAGGUGUCUCAGAAGACUCACCUGCUGGGACCGGCCGCCGAUCAGCUGAGGAUCCAAGUGGUGAUAGUGCCCCUGACUGAUUUCUGUGACGUCAGCGACACCCGCGGAUGACACAGGCGGCACACGAGGGCGGCACACAGCACCGCGCGUGCGGCCGCCGUCGCCCGCUCGAGGUAACGAGCCCACACACGGACUGUCAGAUAUAUUUUAAUAUAUACGUUAAUAUUUAGUUGGGUUUGAUAUAGACGUGAUCUGUGUGAACUGUGUGAUGCUGGUGAGUGCGUCUACGUGUUACUCUCAUACGGUCGUUAUAAAAAUAAUGCAUAUGCGACCAACUCAAUGUAUGCCUUAUCAUAUUAUGUAACAAUCGAUUUAAAUAACCAUGUAUCAGUCGCUACGGACAUAACUUUAGCAUAUUUUUCGUUUAAGCAUCAUUUGUUUUUGUGUUGUCAGUUUGUUUGUUGAGACAGCAUCAUACUUUCAAUGAAAGGUCAGCGUGUGACCGCCUACAGAUGCUAUGGUGACUAUACUGCUGUCUGUAUAGAGUGCAAUAUUGUUUUUAUCUAUUGUUGAAUUAAAUGUUUUAAAUAA